AUGUUCAAUGAUCAAAAAACAAAAUGUGCAAUGUUUGCAAAUGAAAAUCCAUAUUACAAUCCUGAUUAUUUAAAAUGCAUUCUCUCUUUAUACUUGUCUGUGGCACCCAUUUGGAGUAAUUUGUUGAUGGGAAACUUAGAACGUUAUGGUUAUCACAACAGUAGAACUACGGGUAUAUCGGAAUCUCGAUUAAAAGUAAUUAAACAUACGGUGCUUCAAGGCGAAGUAUCAUCUCGCAUUGAUCAAGUAGUGCAAAUACUUGGUUCUAAUAUUCGACAAACUGAAAUAAAUUAUUCCAGCCAUUAUCUACUUAAUUUAACACGAAACAGGAGUAUGCGAGCAAAGAAACUACUAGCUGAAGAACCAUGGAAUAAACGUGGCCCACCAGCAGUUACUACUACAAGCAUUUAUUCUCAAAAACCGAAAGUAUCACUUGUUGCUCAAGUAAAAAAAGCUCUGAAAAUAAAAUCUAAAGCCGAUGAUGUAGUUGUUGUGUCAACAGGCAAAAACACAUUUCAAUUUAAACCUCACCCAAUGCUUUCUCCAAAUCAACUGAGCUGGUUAAAUUCAUCAAUUCAACUAGUUUUAUCAAAUAGCUGUCUCGUUGAAACAUUGCUUAAUAAUUUUUGCUCCUCGUCAAAUGCACACAACUCAGCCAAUAAUCUAGUUACGAUUAUAUCCGAUACAGAAACCAAUAAUAAUACUCAUCAUAAUUUGUACCCUCAAGUCGAACAAAUCACAAUUCAAUAUUUAUGUGAUAUACAUUGGAGAUUUUCGUAA